AUGGCUGACAUGACAUCAUUGAUAGUUAUCAGUUCCUUUAUCAUGUUCCCAGCUGUGAUGAUGGCACAGGAAGUUGUAAACCAUGGAGGUAAUGACAAAUGACAUCAGGACCAAAAUUUUAUUGCGCACCUGUUUGUAGGCAUUAUGUUUAGGGACCGGUCAUUAUUUAUCACCUGGGGAGUCGGAGGAUUUUGGGGGAUCACUUGAUUUUUAGGAGCUCAAAAGGGGGGGAUCACUGAAAAUUUGGAAGGAUUCAGAGGGGGACCACUCAAAUCUGCUUGAAUAAUGCCAGUUUGAAAGCAUACAACAUAAAUGUGCCCAUUCUGCAUUCUGCUUGUUCUAACACAACUUUAUUUAAAAAACGGAAGUCUGUCACACUGGCGAAUGGGUGCAUUUCACUUUAUAUCGAGAAAGCUUUGUUUUAACGCUUUUAUAUUUUUCCUUUUAUAACGUGCUCAUGACUUAGCUAAUAUUCAUCUUUAAACAUGACAGGUGAAUUCUAAAUUGUGAACUAUAUAAACUUCUGAUAACUGAAACAUUGUAAAAAGCGUGUUUGUUUAAACAUAAACCAUUUAUCGCCUCUCCAGGAAUGGGCGUCCUGUGUCAGCUCUAUACUAAAUUCGAUUCAACUGCUUCAUCUGCCUCACCUUGAGCCUCAUCAUCCCAUUCAUCAACUUCAUUUGCCUCUUGAGCCUCGUCAUCCGAUUCAACAGCAACAUUUAGUCCCCUUCGGCAGAUUGACCCUGGACUUUGUGCCCUUAAAAUGGCCGCUACUUGCUCUAGAUUUUUUUCUAGGGUCGUGCCAAAAAUACCCUUUUCUAGUAGCCAUAGCAAAGGAUCUAGAUGCAAAAAAACGCCUUGUUAGUUUCUUAGCAAAGUCAGCAUUGAUGCUAUCUACAGGAGUAACUCUAUCAUUCUCUUCGAUUGAACCGAAAAUUUGCCCGCGACCUCGAUUGAGGUCAAGUUUCCUAAGAGAUGACGUGCCCUCUGCUUGAGUCGCUUGUCCUUGGUUUUUCGAACCUUCCUCUUAUUUUCCUUCUUUCUUCUUGACAUUGUUGAUUUUCUCGCGCACAAAGGAAACUUCUUUGACAGGUUAAUAUGCGCUGUUGUCAACUUGUUGGAUGCGGACUGAAGUUCCUCGUGCAGUGUAGUGAUUCGCCUAUGUGCUUCUUCUAAAUAGGCCAACUCAUCGCCUGCAAAUGACUUUAGAGUGUGGUCCUCUGAAAACAGCUCCUUACGUUUGCUAUAAAUCAAUGACCGUAAAUCAGACGCACUGUUCAAAGUGUCAUUUACAGUGCUCAAGAAAGACUCGCACUUUGCAACGUCACUGCUGUUGCAGCUGUUUUGUGCCUGAAAUGAACUAAAAUGUGAGCAAAGCUACAAAGGCUGAUCUAUUACACUAUAGAUGAAAAUAAAAAAGGAGACAGGAACAGUGGCCGAUCCUAGCCCUUCCAGAUGGCCGAAUUGUCGCUAAAUAUGACCUGCUGAUAGGGACUUGGCGGACUGCUAUUUGGCACUCUAAAAAAAGUAACUUUGCAGUUUCAAGCACUGAUUGCAGUUUCAAGCACUUUGCAGUUUUAAGCAAGAUUGCUUGUAUGUCAACUGAAUUCAGAUGUCUGGAUCCAGACUAGAAAAAGACACGGAUCAAGAGACACUUUUAAAAAAAGACUGCGCGAUAACGGCUUUAUUAUGCUGUAAGUGCAUCAUAGUUAGAAAUACGACCUGUAUAUGAACGUUAAAAAUUGGAUUUACUCACAUUUACUCAUGAGCAAAUAUGAUGCAAACGCGGUGCAAAUGUGUGGCAAACAUGGUAAAUGCCGUAUUUACUUCACUUUUACAUAGGGGUUGUAAAUGUGUGAGUAAAUACGGCAUUUACCAUGUUUGCCACACAUUUGCACCGCGUUUGCAUCAUAUUUGCUCAUGAGGAAAUUUGAGUAAAUCCAAUUUUUCGUGCAGUGGUCGAAAGGUGAAUAUGGGUACAAAGACAUGGGGGGGGGAUCACGAAAGUUAUAUAUAGUUAUGAGGGGGGAUCACUUCAAUAAAAUAACAUUUAAAGGGGGGAUCGGCUAAAUUUCAUCGUGUUUAGCCCAAAAUCUCCCGAUCCCCCCAGGCGAUAAAUAAUGACCGGUCCCUUAAGCACCCUGUUGCUGUUGCUGUUUCAUAUACAGAAAGCGGUCAAAAAAUCAUUCUGAAGUAAAGAAAAAUGAAAUAAUGAUUUUUACACAUAAAAAAUGUGCGAUCAAGACUUCAAAACCAGCCAAACGCCUUCGUUCAAGACUGAUCCUCUGUUUUACUUUCUUAAUAGAUUUUAAAUGAAUUUGUAUCUUAGAAAAUCGUGCUAUUAUUAUUAUUAUUAUUAUUAUUAUCAUCUUCAUUUUUCUAUUGUUAUAAAAUUAAAUUAUUCCUGUUCCUAUACUACCGUGGCGAAGGUUUAUAAUAGGGAGCUUAUAAAGCAACAACGACGGCGACGGUUACGAAAACGUCAAUAAUGAUAUCUGUAUUGUACUCUGGUUAUUGACCUGAUUGGUUAAUUAAGUCUCGAUGUGAUUGGUCUUGUGUCAGUUAAGCCGUGUUGUUAUUGGCUAUGAAGAUUCGGGUCGUUUCGAUCGGUCUUUUGUCACAGUUUACCAGCGACGAUCCAGCAACAAGAAAUGGUGAAGCCAACAAUCACACUUCUUAUUGCUGAACAUGCACCAUUUCCACACGAAACAUUAAAUCGACCGGGACUCUGCGACACGUAUUACGCAUUCUACAGACUACCAUAACUAGUACUCAUCUAAGCUGGCUUACUAAAUUAGACCAAAAGCCACUGGAAUGGCAGUCAACGGGCACGGUACAAACGACUUAUGGCGGACUCAAAACUGACAAAAACAGAAGUGACUUUAUAGGCAAGAGACAAUUUGACUAACAAUAAACGACUAUAACAACAAACGACUUUAACUAUGAAGAUAACUACCCGACACAGUCCUAUUCAGGACUACACCCUAACGAUCAUGCUCCACCUACUUAUGGAUUUAUUAUUACUGCUCAUUUAUUGUUUUGCUGUUUCUCAGUUUGUCCCGUUCCGAUGAAUAAAGAAGAAGAAGCGAUAAUUAAAGAGCAGGAAAGAAACAGAGAAGAAAUGGAAGAGAUCAUGAGAGAGAUUGAAAUCAGUUGUUUAGGUGAGUGAUAAAAAACCAUGGGAUGAAUAAUUAAGUACAAGUAAAAAUAACUUAAGGAGGGUUGGGGUCGUUUUUGUUAUACAAAGAACAAUGUAAAUUAUGAAUUUCUGAACCCCUUCUCUUCAUUGGAAGCGUUGUCGCUCAUGGGACGAAAAACUCCCGCGCGAAUACCCGGGGGUUGAGGGGUGUACUCUGGAUUUCAAGGGACAGAUCCUCAAAGCUUUUGUUCCAACGCCUACUCUCCAUUGUAUAUACAACGCUCCUCAUUCAAUCUUAAUUCGAUUAUAGUGAUAUUGUCUGGGGUAAUUGUCGAAAAACUUUGUUUAACAGGUUACAGAAGCUUCAGAACCGUGCUGCUCGUGUUCUAACCUUUUCUAGAUGUGAUGCUUAUGCCAACCGCUUAUUUAAACAACUUAAUUGGAAAGACUUGAGCACUCAGUUUCAAGUACAAAAAAGCCCUAAUGGUUCACAAGUCUUUAAAUGAUCUUGUUCCCGGAUAUUUAUCCUCUAAAUUGUUAAACGAUGUGAAACCAACCUCGUCCCCAGGGCUUUUCCCUUACAAAAUGGGUGGGGCGGGAAAAGGCCCUGGCAUCGGCUGGUCACGUGUCCCCUCGUACACCCUAAAAUCCUGGGUGUAAUAAAUUAGCGCUAUGUGAAAAGCUGAAAUUAUGCGUAACCUCACAGCGCGCGAUCUUGGGCGGCCUUUUAUAUCUCUUGACGCCGAGUAACGAAAAGUUUUACAAGAUUUCUUUUUUGUCACAGAUACUGGCUAUGGUAAUUUUUGCUUUCCUCCGAUUUUUAUGAAGGAGACAGCGAGCGGUAACAUUUGUAAAACGUCCUUCAUAGAGCGAUAUAAAUGACAAACAAGCUAUCGUACAUGCAUAAAGUUUGUUCUGGCAUGGAAAGUCCGUUUUCGCGACUCUUUUGAUAUUUUAUUUAUUUAUUGCGAAGUGGACCGCCGUACACAACCUAGUUCUAUUCACCUUGACUCUCAGCCAUAUCAUAGCGACACGCAUUGGGUUAGACUUAUGUAGUAUGACCUGUAUUUUUAAAAAAUUCAUUGACCUCUGCGAGACUUGACCGAACAGGGAAACCGCGCAUGAAAAGCUUCUGGCACCCAGGGCAUCAAACGACUGGUAACAAAGAAAGACUUGGGUCCAUUUGAAAUCGACAGAGCUGUAGUUGAUUCCAAUCGAUCGGUAAAUCUUCCCUUUGAUAUAAGGAAAAUCCUUUGUACUUAUCCUCGGAAGAGAAAAGAUAUAAGAGAUCUUAAAAUGUUUCAGAUCGGCGACCUGUCAUCGUUCCUGGCUGGAGGGCUGACUUGCAUCCGGCGCGGAGAUUUGUUUGUUUCAUGGUCGGGUUGUAGAGAAGACCAGACUCCAUAAAGCAUUUUGAUGAACAAUUCUAUUUCAAUUAAGUUCAAUUUGUUUAAAUUCACUGCAGAUCCUAGAGGCAAAGGACCGCAUUUUUGAUUGACAUUGAACAAAAUCACUUUCUGCUUGAUCGUACAGUAAUUCCACAGUCACGAUGAAUUUCAGUCGAAGUACUACUCGAUAACAGCUUGUCUCAACUCUAAAGCAUUUGACAUAUUUUGCACGUGACAACGUAGAGCCGGUAGGCCCUUUCAUAAACUUAUAGCAUUUGAAUAAUACGCAAUUAAAUGGAUCUUAAGCUUCUGAAUCGCACAGACGCGAAAAUAUUGACAUACAGUUCGCGAUAUUAUCGUAUUAUUAUUUUCCAUUGUUGCUCCGUUCGACUUCUGUCAGCGCAAAACCAACGGGUUGCAUAUAAAUUAGCUUCUCAGGAAUAUUUAGGCUGUGUACGUGACCAGCCGAUGCCAGGGCCUUUUCCCGCCCCACCCAUUUUUUAAGGGAAAAGCCCUGGGGACAAGGUUGGAUGUGAAACGCGCUACUCGCUAAGGGACUCUGUUAACAAACUGAGUGGGAACUAACUUCAUGAAGAACAGCUUCAGUUAUAGCGCACAAGUGAUAUGAGAGGGCUAAAUUUUUAACAAUACCAGUUAACUGCACUGAAGCACACGUACCAUCACUGCGUUAUGGCCAAUACCUUAUGCAUGCGCACAACCAUAUCACCCAAGCAGUGGCAGCCAUGGACAGCUGGUUCGCCCUUAUUCGGGCUCAUCCGCCUGGCAUAGCCGUUGGGUCAAUUAGCGGGGGAUUGCUGGCGUAUCAAAGAACAUUUACUGCCGAGGCGAGUGCAAGCACCGUAAACAAGUGGUAGCUGUUGCGGUUGGGAACUGCAAAACAGUUCUCCACGGCAUGCGUAUGGAGAUGGUAUCACUGAGAAAAAUUGAACUGUGUGCCCAAAUAAAUUUGGGAAGGGGGGCGGGGGUGAGGGAGGGGUUUCUGAUCCAUAACACAUAGUAACUAUUCUAAACAUCAAAUCCCCUCAGACACAUUGUUUUCUUAGCAACACUUUCCUUCCAAGGACAUAUUAUUUCUUCCACAUCUCCCAGCCAGCAAAAAUUGGUCUGAAGAACAGAUAUUUUGAAGAACAGAUCCAUUGGGUGCCCCUGAGUGUAGCCCUAGCAGCACUAUACGAUGCGUCCUUAGGGGUGCAAAGUUUCUUGAUUGAAGUUUUGAGACUAACGUUCCAAGUCCUUUAACAAACUUGUUUUAGUAAAUCACGCAGUGGUUGGUGACAUUGAACGAAGAGUAUUCAUAGAUUAUAAAAAUUUUGAACUCACUUGAACUGUUGCAAAUAAACCAUUUAAACAACUCUUGAUCGGCGGAAACUGAAAACUGACUUUGUCGGUGGAUUACUUUACGUCAAAUUCUUACCUAACUUCCACUUGCUGAUUUGUAGAUGAGUGUAAAACAGGACUACAUAACUGCCACGAUGAUGCAUACUGCACCAACACCAAGCGUUCCUUCACUUGUACUUGUAAGCCAGGAUAUACUGGGGAUGGUGUUAACUGUGCAGGUAGCAAACAAUACGGAGCUUAA